AUGGGACGGACCCCCAUUCCAUAUAGAGCGUUUUGUGUUUCCAACAACGGCUUUGUAUUGAUAUUUGUCAAGAUGAGCAAAAAUAGAGUUGAAAUAUUGCAAAUGGAAGAUGCAAAGAAGGCUGCACGCACCUUAUACGAAGCUUUUGAUAAUGACGAUGUUGCAAGGUAUGUGAGCAGACAUUUAGAAGGGAACCCUGAGUUGAAGAAACAAGUUGAUCUGCAACUCUACGAGGGGUAUGUGAGAUCGCACAUUAUGAAAUCUAUCUGCUUUGUGAUAAAGGGAGAAGACCAUGAAAACAAGGACACUUUUGAGACGGUUUCCAUUUGGGUCAAGCCAGAUGCCGGUUCACUGGAUGAUUAUUUGACACUGGUUAGGUCUGGGUUUGCUAAGAUGGCGUGGAACACCGGUGCCGAAGGUCGUAGGAGAGUUUUUGGAGUGUUAUUCCCCGUGCUACAUGACAACUACGACCAUAUAAUGUCUGUGGAUCCAAACGCAUCAAACACGUGGACCUUGGUGUACUUGGGUUCCACUCCGGCAGCAAGAGGCAAGGGGAAUGUUCGUGCAAUGUUCGACCAUGUGUUUGACAACUACAUUGAUCCCAUGGGUGCCAAUGCGUAUCUUGAGAGUUCGGCCAUUAGGAACUUACCUAUUUACGAGCGGUUUGGAUUUAGGGCCAUCAAUGCGGUGUGGCUAGGUGACAGGGAUGAUCCUGUAGAUAAGGCAAGAAUGGAUAUUAUGAUCAGAGGUCCAAGGGGGGAGAAGUGGAGAUACCUAGAAGAAACCAGGGAAAAGGAAGGGUAUAUUGUACCGGAAGUUUCUAUUGCCAAAUAA